CCAUCAACUCACCCAGACCCAUCUUGCCUCCUACUUUGCUCGGCUUGUACUCCCCUCCUCCCUCUUCUCCUCCCCCCUCCGGUACGGCAUACGGCCGCCGGAUCCAGGCGAUUUUGAAUCUGCUGCCGCCUCCUCCGCCAAGCUUGAUCUAGAAAUUAAUUCUUUUUUUCUUCUGUUCCUCCAGCGAUAUGGAGGACUUGGGGCUCCUAGCCCGGGACUUUGGCAUCCGACCCCAGGGCAAGUCUGCUCCCAUGGCGGCCUCUAGAUCCUCCGCUUUGGGUGGAUCCGUCCGAACCACUUCUUCCGUCCCGUCUUGGAACAAGCCAAGAUCGGGCUCGUCUACUGAUGACCCCUUUUUUGGCGGCGGCGUUGGCGGAGGAGGUAUAUCUGCCGAUCGGAUUCCUUCCUCCUACGAAGACGUGUUUGGAGGACCGCCUCAAAAGUCUGCCUCCCCGCCCUCGAUUGAUUCCAUCUUCGAUGGGUUUAAAGAUCCGGCGCCGAAAGCGUCGUCUAUGCCUGUGUACGAUAAGCCCGUGUAUGACGACGACAUAUUCGUUGGAAUUCCUGGCGUGAAAAGCUCCUCGUCGGCCAGGUACGUUGACGUGUUCGAGUCGUUGGGUUCUACUACGGAAAGUGUUUCGUCUCCUCCGUAUGACGAUCUGUUAGAGAACCUCGGAAGGGGAAUGCCCGAUGCCAAGAGUUCAGGCGAUCGACAAUCAUUGGGGAAGAAGGAUAAGGAUGCCUCCGGUUUUGAGGAACUUUUGCCGGGUUUUGGUGUGAGCAGUCAGCAACAGAAGAGGCAAGAGCCCGCGGAGAACCACCAAAAAUCAGUCAAAACCACUACUGCCAUACCAGUAGAUCCAUUUGUAGAUUUGCAUGCUACUUCAGUGCAUCAAUCCUCUGGUUCUUCUGAUGAUCCCUUGGAACAAAUCAGUCAGUCUAUGAGUUCUGGAGGCACAAACAUUUAUUCUGCAUCUGUUGGAGGAGUUGGUUUUGAUGAUUUUGAUGGACUUGGAAAGCCAAUUCCCUCAUUUUCAUCCGGAGUCUCUGACACAAGAAAGGAUAAGAUCAUGUAUGAAGCCAAUCAGGACACUAACUCUGGAUUCAAUUUUAGUGAGGAGUCACAUCAGAGAUCUUCUGUCGAUACGGUUGAAAAUACAACACUUAAAAGUCAACCUACCAGAGCUACUGAAUUUCAAAAUUCUGUUGGCAGGCAUAGUUCUCGAACGGCAAAUACUUUUGAGCAAAAUUUUGCACCAGAUCAAUCCUCAAACUCCUUUCAACAUCCUGAAGCGGUUGAGGCCUUGUGGCUCACUGUUUCAGAAAUACCUCUUUUCACCAAACCUACUAGUGCUCCACCACCUUCUAGGCCACCACCUCCUAUUGCUGGUAAGAAGCCACCAUUUUUCAGGAUAGAUGAACCUGCUUCACCUAGCUUAAGUGGCAGGAGAGUGGAUACUGAUUCUCUCUCACAGCCCAAUCAAAGCUACUCUUAUACCGGUAACUCCAUAAAGAGAUCUAAUAUUUCAUCGAUUGAUGAACUUGAAGAUUUUUCCAAGGUUAAGCCGCAGAAAUAUCCUAAUGAAAAUGCUGAAGUUUUCGCCUAUGAGGAGGAUAUUGAUGCAAAUUUGAGAGAUGCAAUGGGAAAAGCUGAGGCAAAGUUUAGGCAUGCUAAGGAGGUUAGGGAACGGGAGCGUGAUGCAAAAGUUUCUAGAAAUAAGGACCAUGUACAUUAUCCAAGUGCUGAAACCUCAACAGCAGAGUCUCAAUACACAGAAGAUCAAGAGAAACAAGAGCAAUUGGAACGAGAACUUUUACAGAAGGAAAGGGAUGAGAAAGAGGAACAACAAAGGAAGCUUGAAAAGGAAAGAGAAUUGGAGCGGGAGCGAGAAAGGGAAAGGGCCAGACAGGCUGUGGAGAGGGUCACACGAGAAGCACGUGAAAGAGCAGCUGCAGAAGCUCGACAAAAAGCUGAAAGAGCUGCUGCUGAGAAAGCACGUCAACAGGCAGAGCGACUGGCAUUUCAGAGGGCAGCUGCUGAGGCACGUGAAAGGGCGGCAAAUGAGGCAAGAGAUCGAGCUGAAAAGGCAAAGGCAACUGCCGAAGCAAGAGAAAAGGCUGCUGCCGAAGCAAGAGAAAAGGCUGCAGAAAGAGCUGCAGCUGAGAGAGCUGCAGCUGAGAGAGCUGCAGCUGAGGCACGUCAGAGAGCUGCAGAAAGAGCUGCAGUUGAGAGAGUUGCCGCUGAGGCUCGGGAUAGAGCAGCUGCUGAAGCCAGAGCGAGGGCAGCUGUUGCAGCAAAUGAAAAGCAAAAUAAUACUGAUAAUGAUCUUGAAUCCUUCUUCGGCAUGGGUUCUCGAGCUAGCAGUGCACCGAAGCAACGAUCAGCAACAGCGGAUAAUAUUUUUGAUUCACAAUUCCAAAGCAGAGGAGCUCCGGAAGCAAGGAGAAGUAGUUCCUCUAGUUCCAAUACCAACUUGAAGAAGGCAUCUUCUGUAACAAACAUUGCAGAUGACCUGUCUUCGAUUUUUGGAGCUUCUCCAUCACCUGGAGAAUUUCAAGAAGUUGAUGGAGAGACUGAAGAGAGAAGGCGGGCUAGAUUUGAACGGCAUCAGAGGACACGUGAGAGAGCGGCAAAAGCUCUAGCUGAGAAAAAUGAGCGUGAUAUGCAAAUGCAAAGGGACCAGGCAGAAAGAAAUAGGAUGUCAGAAACAUUGGAUUUUGAAAUAAAGCGCUGGGCUGCUGGUAAAGAAGGCAACUUGCGUGCUUUGCUAUCAACAUUGCAAUAUGUACUUUGGCCAGAAUGUGGGUGGCAACCUGUCUCUUUAACAGAUUUGAUUACAGCUGCAUCUGUUAAAAAGGUUUAUAGGAAAGCAACCUUGUGUAUUCAUCCUGAUAAGGUGCAACAGAAGGGGGCAAAUCUUCAGCAAAAGUAUAUUGCUGAGAAGGUGUUUGAUCUCCUCAAGGAAGCCUGGAACAAGUUCAACUCCGAGGAACUAUUCUAGUCGAUCAACAGAAGUUUUUCGUCCAUAAUACCGCGCGAGCUGUCGGGUGAGAUCUGCGUCUGUAGUAAUUUUUGCUAUUUGUUUUGCAAUUAUAUUUUAUUUUUUCUGCUGCCAUACAUACCGAUCAUUGACUCGUGCUUCUAAAGUGCAUGCUAUCCCUUAAUGAGACAAGAAAAGAGAAGAUGGAUGUGGUUUUUAAAAAAAAAAAAAAAAAAAAAAAAAAAAAACUAUUUCUUUAUGCCUGCUUGUAAAUUUGACAAAAAUGUAGAGUAUCAGAAGGAUUUUUA